CACAGUCAUUCACCUCCUUGCAUUUUCUUGCUUCUCACCUUCAGGUUGGCUCUCCAGCAAAGAGCUGGGAUUCAGGAGGAUCUGGGAAGAUUAUCAGAAUUCCAUGGGUGAUCUCUCAUGGUUACAGGACUGGCACUUCUCUUUGACAUCCCCAAUGAGAAGGGAAAGUGAAGAAGCCAACAACCACAUGCAUCUGGGAAGGAAAGCAAGCUAGAAAAUGGAAGAAUUGGUGGGAACAAUCUGCAAUCUGUUGUGUGAUUAGAGCCUGCAUGUGUUCCAGUGCAUGAGCAGCAAGGAGUGAAUGACUAUGAGAUAGUCCUCAUAUGUGAGAAGACCUCACACUUGCCUUCAGGAGCAAUUCAACACAUCCAAGGAAGUUCUGUCUGGUCAUCUUGGUGAGAGUUCACAGAGAUGGAGACAUUGUGAGGACCCCAUCUUCAGGGUGUAAGAGUGCUAAGUGGGUUCAAGAAGGCAUGACUUGCUCUGCAGACUGCUCAUAUGGACUUAAUGUCCUCCAUCCUCAGGAUGCUCCUGACCUCUUGCAUCCCCUUCUCCACACUCAGGAUGCUCUUUUUGCAGCAUCUUAACUCCAUUAUCCUGGGCCAGAUUGUUGCAGUGCACUGGGGUCCCCACUGGACUCCAUGAUGGGGAUCAGGACAUGUUGGGAAUGUGGAUACCACAAGCAUGUCAGUGGUAGCAGGGGUAAAGAAGGGGAGCCCAGCCCUGAGUUGCAUUACUUCACAUCCCUCCCUGUGCCCAGUAACUCCAAUACCCUGGGGGUGAGCUCUCUAUCCCCAUUGGGAGUAAGCAGGGAAUGCUGAGUUGGGGUAGGGGGCUGCAGCAUCCCCUCCCCACCAGCCCUGACUGUGUCCUGGCUCUGAGCAACACUUGGCUCCACCUUCCACCCUUCCCUCCCCCAGUGCUAAGCAGCAAAGCCAGCAAGAGGCAUCCAGCCGGGGCAUUAGUAAAAACCAAGCCUCCCUCCAGGAAUGGCACUUGCCUGAGCACCUCCCCGGCAGCACGCCCCACAGCCGGAGGGAGAACAGGGGGGCACUGGGACAGGAGCUGCAGCCUUCACAGGGUUUGCUGCCCGCACCAGCCAGCAACUGAGAAGAAGAAAGUGACCAUGGCUGAUGAGCAAGACCUGUCAGAGGUGGAAAUGAGCCCAGUGGGUUCUGAAGACCACCACUGCCUCUCACCAGGACCAUCCAUGGCAUCGGACAGCUCUCCACACCUUGCGGGCUCUGGGAAUGGAGAGAUGGGCAAGGUCAAGAAGGAGCAGCAAGACUCGGAGGCGGAUGAUGACAAGUUCCCUGUCUGCAUCCGUGAAGCGGUCAGCCAGGUGCUGAGCGGCUAUGACUGGACCCUGGUACCCAUGCCUGUUCGAGUCAAUGGAAGUAACAAGAGCAAACCCCACGUCAAAAGGCCCAUGAAUGCCUUCAUGGUCUGGGCACAGGCUGCCCGGAGGAAACUGGCUGACCAGUACCCGCACCUCCACAACGCUGAGCUCAGUAAGACCCUAGGGAAGCUCUGGAGGCUGCUGAAUGAAAGUGAUAAGCGUCCCUUUAUCGAAGAGGCGGAGAGGCUGAGGAUGCAGCAUAAGAAGGACCACCCCGACUAUAAGUACCAGCCACGGAGGCGGAAAAAUGGCAAGGCCACGCAGGGUGAAGGAGAGGGCCAGGUGGAGGGGGAGGCUGGAGGGGCUGCUGCUAUCCAGGCUCACUACAAGAACACCCACCUGGACCACAGGCAUCCUGGGGAAGGGUCACCCAUGUCCGAUGGGCACCCAGAGCACUCUUCAGGUCAGAGCCAUGGCCCUCCUACUCCUCCCACUACCCCUAAGACUGAGCUGCAGGCAGGCAAAGCUGACUCCAAGCGAGAAGGGCGUUCCCUUGGGGAAGGGGGAAAGCCACACAUUGACUUCGGCAAUGUGGACAUCGGGGAGAUCAGCCAUGAAGUGAUGUCCAACAUGGAGACCUUUGAUGUCAACGAAUUCGACCAAUACCUGCCACCCAACGGACACGCCGGCCACCCAGGACAUGUUGGGGGCUACGCAGCAGCCACUGGCUAUGGCCUUGGGAGCGCCCUGGCUGCAGCCAGUGGACACUCAGCCUGGAUCUCCAAGCAGCAUGGAGUCUCCUUGUCCGCCACCACAUCACCGGUGGUGGACUCCAAGGCCCAGGUGAAAACAGAAGGGUCUGCCCCUGGAGGUCAUUACACUGAUCAGCCCUCCACCUCCCAGAUAGCUUACACAUCCCUGAGUCUGCCCCACUAUGGUUCGGCCUUCCCGUCCAUCUCCAGGCCCCAGUUUGACUAUCCUGAUCACCAGCCCUCGGGACCCUACUAUAGCCACUCCAGCCAAGCCUCUGGCCUCUACUCUGCCUUCUCCUAUAUGGGACCUUCCCAGCGUCCUCUUUACACCGCCAUCUCUGACCCCGCACCCUCCGUGCCACAGUCCCAUAGUCCCACACAUUGGGAACAGCCUGUGUAUACGACUCUCUCCAGACCAUAGGGAAUGGGGAACAGUGACCAAAGCAGCGACGGAAAGGCUCCGAAGAAUCCGCACAGGCAGAAGAGCCUCCGAACUCCGAGGUCACUCAGUGCCACCAUCCAGCCACCAGAACCCACUGAGUAUCUGGAAGUGCCUUUCUUGACCCCGGCUAUCGCUGGCUCACCCGCCUACAGAAAGGUUUCUCGUCCUUUCGCCCUGUACCGAUUUCACGCAGGCCACACAACUGGCUUGCAACACCUUAUUGGCCUUCUAGAUGAGGAAGACUCAAGACAUGGAGUGACGGGUCCGUGGUGGGCUUCGUUGUGCGCACCCUGGACUGUAAGCGGAGAGAGACUGUCCUUUCCUUACCCUCCCCAACCUCCUCCAGUGAAUUAGCAAGUGUUUCCAAAAGGCCACCAUGGCCAACUCUUUGUCAGCUGCUGCGGGUGAAGGGUGCUUGUUCAGCCUUGGUGAACAUGUCAAGGGAGGAGGAGUUGGGAGGACGGCAUGGCCGGCUUCCUUGCAUCAGUGUUGUGCAGCAGUCCUGCCUAAGAUUCACACAUGCAUGAAUCUUGAUCCCUGCUGGAAGACCAACUUAUGCUUGCUUCCCUGCUUGAUUUCCACAGCUGCACGCUAUAGCUUUUCUCCCCGCCUCUUCCCUCUGUCCCAUCUGUUUAAUCCCACACUCCUUCCUGCAUGGAUUUUAUAAGGCCUGACUGAACAAUGUGGAUUCAGGAACUGCAUUGUCAGCCUCAGCCUUUCUCAUAUCAUAGCCUGUAUGUGUGUAUGCGUGUUCGUGUAAGGAGCUGAGGAGAGGUGGGGAAGGAUCUGUGGAUCAUUCAGGUGCUGUGGGUGAAUCUUCUCUUCCUACAAUUUAAUUUCUAUAGUUCACUUGUGUCUCAGAUUUCUGGCAUCUCAGUCUAUCCCAAUCUCUUCAGUAUCCCAGCAAUCUAUCAGCAGACCAGGUCCUUGCUCCUUCAGCAUUCAACUGUAUCUGCUGAAAAAGUAAAGGCACCAAGAAAGCUACUAUGCACUUGCCAGCACCCAGACGUGGCUCCAAUAUUCCAAUACUCACUUUAAACCCUCUUUAAACUCAGGCCGAUGGGCUGCACAUCACUCUGCUCGUUGGUUCAUCACAUUACUGCAAUCUGUCAGCACCUCCCUCCUACUUUCGCUCAGGAUGGAAAGAUACUCUCAUGGAUACAAGCAAGGUCGAUACGCACUCAAUAUUGGAUGACUACAAAGAAAAGAACACUGUUUAUGUGCAGAAGAACUCAUUCUCACCUCUGGGUUUCAAGCUGGAAACAAGCAGCUCUUGCAGCCAAAUCAACCUCUUUUGUUCAGCCCAUCUCCUGAGGACUACUUCAUUCUCCUUUGUCACCUCCAGGACUGGGUGGUAUGUCCUGCCAGGGAGCAAACUGGCCAAGAAGCUGCUGCAGGAAAAAGUGACUACUGACAAUUGAUCACAGAGAUGUGUUAUGGGACCUUCUAACAGUUAAUUCAGUCUAGAAAGACAAACUACUUCGACCAAAUGUGGACUGUGAUUUGUGUCACUGUUUCCCUCUGUUGAUAUGAUGUCGGAUGCCCUUCCCACCUCCCUUAGCUAUGGAUGACUUCUCCUCGUGGUGUCUGAAGAGAUCACAUAGAAUGUUUGUUCCCUGUAUGCAUGUAACCUAUUUGAGCCCUCUCCCCUUAUUUAUGCAAGUAGCACCUUCCUUCCCCCGCUCCCUUUCCCCAGUCUCUAUGCUGUCCUAGCACCAUUAACUCUGCAUUAAACAUAUGGAAUAAUAAACUUAAAAGUUUCAUUUUCA